UGCAUUGUGGGAGCAGUGCGAUGAUUGACACCGGCGCCAUUUUGCUCCGCUCGCUCUGCUUCCAUUGUGUGAGAGAUAGUAAAUAUCCAACCACAACACACUGAAACGCUGCGAGGUGAAAGCUGGACAUUCCGCCCCGGUGAUACUUUGUCGUGAUGGCUCGUACCAAGCAGACAGCUCGUAAGUCCACUGGAGGAAAGGCUCCCCGUAAGCAGCUGGCCACCAAGGCCGCCCGCAAGAGCGCCCCCUCCACCGGUGGUGUCAAGAAGCCCCAUCGUUACAGGCCCGGUACUGUGGCUCUGAGAGAGAUCCGUCGGUACCAGAAGUCCACUGAGCUGCUGAUCCGUAAGCUGCCCUUCCAGCGCCUGGUGAGGGAGAUCGCUCAGGACUUCAAGACGGACCUGCGUUUCCAGAGUGCGGCCAUCGGAGCCCUGCAGGAGGCCAGCGAGGCCUACCUGGUGGGUCUGUUCGAGGACACCAACCUGUGCGCCAUCCACGCCAAGAGGGUCACCAUCAUGCCAAAGGACAUCCAGCUGGCCCGCCGCAUCCGCGGAGAGCGCGCUUAAAUGCCUUCCAGGUGUUUCUCUGCAGCCCUGCUUUUCUUUCCCCGUCCCUCACUGCUUCCCCCCGCCCCCCGCCCCGCCCAUGCCCCCCGCCCCAUGCCCCGCCCCAUGCCCCGCCCAGCCUCUCAGUAGACAUUAGGCUAAACCUCAUUAUGAGCAGAUAGAAACACGUUGAAGUCUGGUCUCUCUUAGAAGUUUUUUGUCUUCAUAAAAUGUUUUUUAGGGUACCUUUUUUGUGCAUGUAAAAAUUUUGUGGAUCUGAUGCACAUGUGCGCACAUACUCAAAUGUGUAUCACUGGAUUUAACUGGUGCUUCUUAAGAUGGAGCCCAGCAAUGAGCUCGCCUGUUUAGUUUUAGUGUCAGCCGGUGCAGUGUGUGCAGCAAACAGAGCUGAAGCACAGGGACUUGGCCGAGGGGCUAGUCUGCUUAAGGGGAGCUGCAACUUCCACAGCAGGGUGCUAUUAAAACUAGUCCUGAGGCCUGUGGCCCCUCUGGACACCACCUCCCCUCCCACCCAGUCCUCCCAGACGCCCAGCUCCUUCAUCUGGACCAAGCUUCUGGAGCGGGGGGACUGCUGCUCUGUUUGUGUGGACCUGCAGGCCCUGAUCUUCCAAAACAACUGGACUCAACAAACAACAUUUUGGUUCCUUAUAAUUCUAGAUUAAUGUUGUGGGUUUGGUGUCAGUUCUUUUUUUACACAUAAAAUCCAUAACUCCCAGAGUACGUCUUAUUUUACCAUUUUCUAAAUCUUUGAAAAGAAAAAAGCGGCUGGUAUCUGAAAUGCUAAAUGUUAUCUGCAGUGAUUGGCGGUAGAAAUCCUGGAGGAGCUUUUGCGUUUCCCAGCAAAUGUUGAAUCGCAUUGCAACCACACGGGGGCGCUAGAUCACCAUCACCUCUUCUGUUCAGUUUGUCAUUGCAGGUCUGUAAUCACACUUAAUGCUACUGGCGCCCUUUGUAUCCAUAGAUCAGCAUUAGAUUUGACAUAGUGGAAGUUACUCUGCAUGUUUCAGGUCUUUGUCUUUCCUGCGUCCUCUGAGCAUAUAAACUGUCCCUUUCCUGAAAUUUCUGAUACAGAAUAUAACCUCAUAAUGGUUUUCUUUUAUAUUUUUCUUAUUCCUUGAGAUUUUCAGACGUAUAAAUAAGCUGAUCUUUGUAUUUUCCAAAAUUCUCAUAUUAUGGUGGUAAUAAAUAGAUGUUAAAACAAA